AUGAGAGAAUGUGUUGGUCAAGGUAUUACUUCUCCGCUUGUCUCUGCAACUCUGCCUAACUCGUUCGGCACUGCUCACUGUCGUUUGCGAUUCGUCGUUCUGGCCCGUCUUACCGGCGUUCACUUCCCCGGGCACCCCAGCUCGCUGUCACCGGCGCUCAGCCCUUCGCCGCGGCAAGAACGCCGGCUUGUUUAGUUUUUACCUACCUUUCGGAAUCCUCUGUGUACGGGGAAUUUGGAUUCCACAAUUUACUUUAUUAGGAAAAAAAAACAAGGUUUUGUCAUCAGAUAGACACUGCCGAGGCUUCUGCUGUCCGGACUCCCGUCAGAACUUGAACUCAGCGCAGUUCAAAGGAUUGCGAGAUUAGGGUUUUUCCUCGGCUAUUAUGUCGGAACAAUUUUAAUUUACUCCUUAAAAAAGCUGUUUUUUUUUUGCAACGAACAGUUAGAAAACAUGGCUUUUUGGCAUCGAAUCAAUAAGCCCAAUCUCGGCUGUUUACUGUCUAGUCAAUUCAAGAGAUACUACAUUCGAGCUCCUUUUGCUUCUUCGCCGAAUUGCAGUGCUAAACACACAAGAAGCCAUUUACUAGAGAACCCUAGUUUGGAUUUUUUAAGGAGACCCAUCGAUUUCCACGACAAUGUCAGGUUUUUUAGCAUUCAGGCAUGGUGGAAGGAUGUGCGACUAAACAAGGAUAUUCAAGCCCAAACUGUUAGGCUGGUGACAGAUGAAGGACAUAAAAUUGUCUCAAGGUAUGAAGCGUUGGAUCUUGCAAGGAAGCUUAAACUUGACUUAGUUGAGGUCCAAAAAAAUGCAAAUCCACCUGUCUGUAAAAUCAUGGACUUUCAUAGAGAUAGGUAUAAGAAGCAAGCAAAAGAGAAGGAACGUGCCAAAAGCAAGUCUGAGGAGACUUUGCGAAAAGGAGGCUGCAAAGAAGUUAGGAUUUCAAGGAAAAUAGAACAAAAGGACCUGAAGAUGAAGGCAGAUACGGUCAUAAGAUUAAUGGAACGGCGGUAUAGGGUGAAGUGCAUGGCUGUAGGUACAGGCAAAGAAGGUGAAGAUGAAGACCUGGGAGGAUUGUUGUCUCGUCUAACCUCUUUGAUUGAGGAUGUAGCUGUUGUGGAAAGUGGGCCAAUUGUGGAAAGAAAACAGGCUUAUGUUGUUGUCAGGCACACUAAAUUUGGCCUGUCAAAGAAAGGCGGUGGAAAAAAAUUGAAGCUUGUUGGGGAUACAGUAGGCCAGGUUCAAAAUUCCACUGCACAACCAAUAGUUGAUUCUUGCCCUGAACUUCCCGAAGAAGAUUCUGCAGAAUCUGGUUUGGAGGAUGAGGAAGGAGGCCUUUUCAAUGAGGAUGAUAGCCCUCUAUCUUUUCCAAUGCGAAUGCAGGAUAAACAUAUUGAAGAGAAGAAGGUUGCUUGGUCCGUUUUGGAUUCUAGUUGUGAUUUUAAUGAAGUCUUCAGUUUAAGUGAUGAGAAAAAUGGGCCUGCUUCAACUUCUACCAAUGGAAUUAAACCUUCUAUGCUAGAAAAAUUUCCCUCCCCUGGAAAUGGUGCUUUGGACCUUAAGCACCAGAAGCCAAUGUUUGAUUCUAGUAGGGCAGACACAAUCCCUCCCUUCCAUCCAGAGCAUCCUAGAGGGACUGAGAAUAGAUAUAAAAGAAAUGAACCAAGGAGUCCAUUCCCCCCUCCAAAUAAGAUGAUGGAAUCAGUCCAAUCAGAAACCCGGCUUCCACGAGAAAGGCAACCACCAUUGCAUGUUAAUACCUCAUCAUCAAGGUUAGCAGCUGAGACAAAGCAAAUGCCAAAGCAACAACCCUUGCGUCCCGGUGUUCCUAAUCCUCCAGGAACGAGUUAUGGAAUCUUUAGCAACCCAAAUGCAAAUAGUCACAGGGAAACAAGAUGCAGUUGCAAAUAUUCACUGUAACAGGGAUGGAUACCCGAAUGGGUCCUGGUCCUGCUAGCAAUCUGGCUCAGCGGGGGCUGAAGCACAGA